UGACAAAUCCAAAGCACCCCAUUUCUCGCAAAAUAGCGUUUGUUCGUCAGAAUACGCGGAGAGAUAGGCUUCUUUGCCGUUCAGUACAAAGCUGGCUUUGCAAAACAUCAGAAUCCAUUGAAAAUUGUCUCUUUGCAGACCGGAAGUUUCACGGUUGAUUGAUCAAUUUGCGGUUAAUUUGAGCACAAUGCACGGAAUUUUCUUACAGAUAUAAAGACCACGUCUCGUGAAAACUUCCUGUGAUCAUCAUUCGAAUUGUUAGCAAGGACUCGCACUACACCGAUCCUGUGGAAAACAUUCAAGUGCGCCAUUGUAACAUUGUCUUCGCAUCGGUGGAUCGACUUCUGCAACGUAACUUAGCAAUCUUCAAACUCACACGCCGAUAUCAAAGUGCUGCGGCUUUCGUGAUAGCAGAGAGUUUUUAUUUCGGCCAUCGAAAGCUCAUUCUAUAUUUAUUCUGAUUUUGUUCGGUCACCAAACCCCCACGCCUUCGCUGUUGCACUUCAACUCAAGCAUGAACAGUUUGGAAAUGACCGACCCGUACGAGGAGCACAUGCUUAAUGUAAACGGGAAACCGAUCACAUUGGACGAUAUUUUGGAAGAGACAAGUCUGUACAUCAACUCCAGCCUCUUUCCUGUGCCUGCGGAUCCAGGUACGAUACCAUAACGUAGAAUUAAUUUUGGUUUGAUAAAUACAGCGACAUAUGACUAGCAACUUUAUAUUAAACAUGGUCGUUUUCUCUGGGAUCGCUGUCACCCCAGUGGUAGUGCCCGCCUUCCUAGUAAAAUAAUUCACACCUGUAACUUACUACCAAUGGGGCCUGUGAGGAAAACGGUGAAAUUCUUACAGAGAUUUUGUUUCAUCCUUUUUCUCUGAGCUCCUUUUAUUGCUUAAUUUUAAAAUUUAAGUUCUCAUAGUUCACUUCUGCCUUGUCUGAUGCGAGGUUCCUUGCAGCUGCCAUGUCAGAUUUGACAUUACAGCCACUCUAAUCUUAAUAAUAUUCUUGCAAUAAUUUAUCCUCUGUACUCUACUUUAAUAUAAAUCAGUGUUUUAUCUUGGCAUUCCAUUUUCUUUCAUUAGCGGUUUUUUUAAUUAUCAUUUUAGUUAACUCCGUGUUAGGGGAAAUCGAUAGUCAAUGACAUAGCUUGUUUCACAGUGGUAUUUUCACUAAAUUUCCUCUUAGUCAGCUUUCGAGUGCGUCUGAGUUGUGUUAGUGGUUCAGUAAAUUUCAAUCUGUCAGACGCAUGGCUUGUUAAUAAUGUGUUCCGAUUCCUUUCAAUGCCUUCAAACAAUUCGGAUGACAGAAGAUUAUUCUGUUUAUUUUGUUGACCGUGGCCUGUCAGUUUCGUUGUCCAUUUCGCUGCAAGCUAAGCUCACUCUAAAGUCUAUUUCGUUACGGUCGGACUUUUAUUAUAAAAAAUUCAUUCUGCGCAAUAACCAAGAUUGGCUGUCUGCAGUUUAUACAUGACUUAUUACUGUAAAUUAACUCACGCUUAUUAUCGAGUUGAAAAAAUUCUUUGUUAUGUUUAUUGUUGUGAGGAAAUCAUGCAAUUUAACACACGUUCGAACGCUCCACCACCUUCAUUAUACCUAUAAAUAAAUAUUUCUCUCAUGGUAGGCCGUAAUCUAACUUCAAUCCACAAAAAAUCAUUCAAUAUUGCAAAUUUACCUGGAGAUGAAAUUCGACGUUAAUUUCCGGCUCGGUUCUAACAUGCACAUUAAAACCUAUAGCAUCAUUACUUUAACAUCAUGACAUCAUGACUUGGCAAAGUUAUAGCCCAUCGAUCAUCACGCCGAGAUAUUCGAUCUGUUACAAUUCUUUUACUUGUGAUAGCUUGUAAACUUACAUUUUAUUUUGCUUGUGAGAAAAAUAUUCUUUUAAGACUUUUUUCACCACUCGCGAUAUGCAAAACGUAUUUUUAAAAAAACAUUUUGAUCGCGCAAGUAUAUAAAGUCGCCAAAAAUCGGCAAAAUCAGAGUUCUUAAAGAAAUAAAUAAUGAAAAAAGACAUCGCAGAUAAAAUUUCGUAGGACAAAAGGAAAAUAUUUUUUCGCUUAUUUGAUUUUGCAAAAAGCGCAAGUCACAUAUCCUUUCCAUUCCAGUGAAACCAACCCCCUCCCCCAAGAGAAAGGGCGUUCUGGAUAUUGCCCGAUCCUCGGAAUGUCACGAACGCAGAACUAGUUUUACAAGUUUACAGGUUAAAGACUACUUUUUGCUGCGCGGUCGUGUUUUCUAGAGUGAGUCACAUCAUCAUUAUACGGCUUUAUCUGGUGGUGUUGUGCAAUACCAGAAGUCACAAAUUUAUGCUGAACACGUCUGCCCUUUAACAAUGUAGUGUCCAAAUAGCCAUGAUUAUCUUUGUUUUAUAAAACGCCGCGACUUUUUCUGCACCGAUGUAAGGUCAAAACUUUUGACUUCUUUGAAACUAAAAAUUAUGUGAUGCUUUGGGGCCUAGUUAAGUUAAAAGAAGUUUCCGGAUGAAUACAGACGUUCAUAUAUUCACGAGUAUCAUAACUGUUGUCCGUCUCUUUCCCUCAAAUUGGAUGGUUUGUUAUGUCCUGGGAUAUAUUUUAAGCUGUGCAAUGAAAGUGGAAAACAAAAAGUAAAGAAGUUAAGUCGUUGGCAAAAUAGGGUUAUUGGCUCAUUGCGCAACUUGCGAUGUCUGACAUUGUGCGAAGGGUUAACUUUCUUUCGUGCUGCCUUUGCUGUAAAAACUCUAAAUCAUAUCAUGCCACUAAUUUGGCUUGCGUUUCUUUAGAAUAUUUCAACGUACGGUACAUGUGCGUCAUAAUAGAUACAAAUAGAUUUUUACUUUAUGUAUAUUGUUUGGCCAAGGCCAAAUAUCUGUAACAUCAACAGUAUUGUUCAUUGUUCUCUUAACAGUGUUGUAUGACUUACAUUUUUUGCGCUAUUUGCAAUAUUGUAUAAACCCUUGUCUUUCCCAGACAGUGUUUUUUGUAGUUAUUUAGUUCAUACAAACUUAUACUUCUCAGAUGUACACAGUUGUCUUUACACAGACGAUUAAUUCUACAUACUAAAUGACAAAGGAACCGUGAGUUGUUUUUAAAAGCAUAACACAGUACGUGUACUGUAUUAGAGUUAAGUAGUGAAUCUUGUUUGACGAAACACGUAGGUUGAUGAAAAUGAGUUCGCAGACGUCUUUUCCGAUGUUUAUUUAACUAUUAGCAAAGUUUCGAAAGGUCUCAUUUGCGCGAACUAACAAAUGUAACGGGAUUUUUGUGGAGGUUAAACUCAUCAGCAGCAAUUUUUUACGCCGUUUGAGGAACUUUUGUCAUUUUUAAAGGUACUGGAAGAGGUGCCUUUGACUUUUUACAAAUCAUGGACAUUUGGGUUGAAAGCAACCUUUUCGUGCUUUUUGCCCGGAGUUGCAGAACUGACCAAAUAAUUCGACCAUUAAUAUUGGGAAAUGAAUGUAAAAAAUUCGUAUUACUCGUAAGCAACGCCCGAAUGCAUGCGAUUUUUUUUAAAUCUGUUUUUCACAAAUCGGCAGCCAGGUGAAUCGUGGCACAAGCGCCGGAUGACGUCAUAAAUUCUAAUGGAGACCUAGCAUUUGGCAAGCAGAUGACUCUUUCAGUUCACUAAAAGAUAAUAUUUUUCCAUCAAACGUCAGCAAAUGCUAUUUGGUACAUACGAUCGAGAUAUAUACUAUAGGUCCAUUAUAAUAAAUAAUUUGAUUAUACAUUGUACUUGUUGUUUGUCUUCUCGUUGGCUAAGAGCCUACGGUUGAUUUUGGAAAUCAGCAGAUAACUGACUUAUCUUUAGGGUUUGCGCGCGCAAUGCAUGAUUUCCGAGAACAACAGAGAGAAUAGAGAGUUUUUACAUAGCUUCACGUACACGGCAAACGUCAGAUUCAAGUUGAGAAUUUCUCAAAAUAGAAAAAUGAGCGUAUAAAACAGGUCAAAACAAUUCUUAUGAAUAAAAAGACUGCGUGAAACUACUAAUUUAUGUGUAGAAGUAAUGAAACGAAAACGACAAGUAAAGAGGAAACUUGGUCAUGUGCUACAAAUUCGCGUUUGCCGUUUGACGUAAACGUGGUGCUUAACCUUUCUAUUAACAGUCACGUUUACGCUAGCCUGCGUGGCAUGGCGGUUUUGCCGAGAGCACGACUGAGCGGCGAAUCCUCAAAAACGCGCGCAAAGCGCGCGUGAACGAAAAGCGAAGCCGCUAGAAAAAUGAAAACUUUUCAAGUUGCUCCCGCACCAAUCUCAUCGCGGUUUCUCUGCCCUCGCCCGCCUUUAUUAUUCAGCGCGCUCAACCGAAACCGCCAUGCUACGCAGACUACGUUUACGCCAAAGGGCAAACGUGAAUUUGUGCCACUUUACCAAGUUUUCCCCUUAAUUGUCGUUUACUGUUUAAGAUACCGCUCUCUCAGUCUAUACCACGCUCCGACGUAUCUCGGUCUUCUUUUCGUUCUAGCUUGCAGGAAGUCUCUAUUUUCCCUCAGAGAUAUUAAACUAGGGAGGCACGCGUGUGAUUCGAGCAUGCGACGGGUAACAAAAGGACACUCUGCGGCUUUCGACUAGUUAUCCAUUUGAUACUACAGUCAGUGACUCUCUCUAAGAUGGACACAUGAAAUCGGCGUCAUUUGCCUAUUUAAGAGAGAUGUCCGUCUUACAGAGAGUCAACUGAAAGGGUUAAGAAAGGCAAGGUCCAACUCUAAGUGUCCGUCAUAUAAAAGUCAGCUAAGAGGGGUAAAUAAAGAAUGGCGGGCAUCAACAUUAGGUGUCCGUUUAGUAGCCUGGAAGGGACCAUGCUCUGCUGUGGGGAAAAAAUGGCAAAAAAAGGAGUGAAACGGCAUAAAAAAUCCUCCCCAGACUACCGCGCGGUUCGCUUCGCUCGCCAGUUUUUCGCUGUUUUCCCCAACUGCGGAGCCUGGACCGUGGCGACCGUUUUAUUGAGUUGACCGUUAAAGGAGAGUAUACUGCCUUACUAUUGCUGGGAAAGGAAAGUAAUGAAUGGCUGACACUUCGUGUCUCUCAGACUGUUAAGUUUUCGGGUUUUAUGCUAGUAGAGGGUGUCAAAUACUAUCUUAAAUGAAAGAGUCAUCGGUUUUUUUUUUCACAGUAUUUCCUUCAUUGGAUCUCUGCUAUACGGAGGAUACAAAAGCAAAUGUGACUGUUUUGGAUUUGAAAGAUGUCUACGACAAAGGGCAAAGUCGGCGGAAGGCAAACUCAGAACAGAGAUUAUUGAAGGCUGACGUUCGUCUUAAAGCAACGGCACAAAAACAAAUUCAGGUAUUUAUCGUGAAUAAUGGAAAACAACCUUUAUUUACAGUUUGUAGUAAUGAUAGCAUAAAGGAUAGUGGAGUCGAGAAAAUCGCUGAUAUACCAUGGUCAAGAAUCCCGGCUUGUGAGAGGCAAACCAGUUGGCCAUUUUAAGUGCGACCGAGCCAUAGAACUCGGGACUACUGAGGACAAAUCCAGUCAUGGCGGUACUUGAACUCGGGGCAACCGAACUGCUACUCCCGCGAUCUGACGUAUAUAAGUUAGGAGUUCGUAUUGGGCGCAAUAGAAAUAUGGCGCGCGAGAUAGAAGUUGUGCGUGGGAGAGGAGGAUAAACGCGAGUACAGAGUGCGAAGUCUGCGCGCGUUAUCCUAGUCGUGGGCAUCGCUCUUUUUUUGCGCGGCGGAAUCAUAUUAAACGUUACAAACAUCAAAUGGACCUUUUGAAAACUGUUCGGCUAAUGAACAAUUUUGUUCAAAAACCACAAUUGCAAUCUCCUUUAACCCUUUUCAAGUUUGCCCAUCCGUGCCUUCUUUUGUAAUCCUUGCGUUUUAUAUUUUGUCUUUCAUUCAAUUUGCUUUUGCAGUUCCCACCGUUUGAAAUUUGCUAAACUUUGCGACAGAGCCCCUUUAACAAGUGAUUUCUGGAGACAAUUGCAUUUAAUUUGGGAAUACGUGCGCUUAUCUUCUGUUUUGUUUUCGUUCAGGGAGUGUCCGCUUACGUGGAGAGAUGUCCAGAAGCAGCCAGGAUUCUUCAAGAUUUAAACGGUCGCGUCCCAUUGGAAGUGGAGUACAGCAAAAAAGAACCUUUUUUCGUGAACUUUUCCGUUAAUCUUGAUUCAGUGUACAUUACUCAUAAGGGAAUAAAAGUGUACGAACUUUCGCGCGUCAAGGGAGAAGAAAGAAACAUUUUCCGGUUGAUCGUUGUGUUGCAUUUUCUGGAUGGAUCAACAAAGGAGUUUAUAAGCAAGCAUUUCCAAGUUCAAAGCAAAAAGCACCCAAAACAAAUUCUAGGUUAGUACAAGUAAAUAAAUGGUUUUGUCUUUGAAAUAUGCUCGUUUACAGACCAAGAUACUGGAUACUGGGAUGUGGGGAGAGUAAAAAAAUGUUUUUUACGAGGCAGUUUUUACUAAAAUAUGCCUGAUUUGUUACCAUUUGUUUUACGUGUCAGAUCCUUUGCCAAAUCUUUCAGCUGGGCGAGUUCUUCUAACAUGCGGUCAGUUCAUACCCUGGGUCUUUUGUCACACAUACCUCGUUCCCAGGGCUCUCUCCAACCGGUUUCAGGACGGGUAGGACAGAACCUUGGGAAAGACGUUGCUAGUUGAGUCGUUUUCGCGCCCUGCAGGCGUUAGAUACAGUAAAACCCCGCGUAUAAGAACCUGGGUUUUAAGAAUCUGUUAGUCUAAAAUUUUCAUUUUAAGCCCCCUCCACAUAAGAACCUAUUAACCCAUAUUUUUUAAGUUAGGUUCUCAUUAGUGAAGUUGCUGCAAAAGUGUAUCAACUUUGAAAUGGCAUUUCAGAGAACUGACAAUGAGUUUGUUUGUUAUGUUUUGUUAAGGACAUACCUGCACUGCACUGCCUUAAGGCAUUAUGAUAUAAACGAUUUAUAUUGUAUUAUGAGAUGAUAUUUAUAAUAUACAUAAAUGAAAUUAAUAUGAAAAUAUAAGAACCUAUUUUAAGAACCUUGGUAGUCUAAAUUUGCUUUAAGUACCAUUUAUAUAAGAACCUGUUGAGGCUAAAUUAAAAAAUCCAGGUUCUUAUACGCUGGGUUUUACUGUAGUAAAAAUGGUAUUGAUGAAAGCCUUUCGCCGGAAUUUGUUUGUUUCUUUUUCUGGCGCUAAUCUAUAAAAAGCAAUGAAAACACAUUCUUUCUCUUGUUUAGAUGAAGAUUCGUCAAGUGAUAAUGGCUAUUAUGGUACCCCUAGUCCAGAAAAUAAGAGGAAAAGACCAAAACGUAAGUCAACGGAACUUCUCUUGUUUUAUAUUAUCAGGGGGGAGAUCCAGACCUUGAGAUAAGUCAGGGGGUGGGUAAUGGGCCCUCUCAAAACGACAGCAAAUCUCCCUCAUAUAUAACGUAGUUCUGAGAAAUACCUUUGCCGCAUUCCUCUAACUGCGCUUUUCAAAAACACGCGAACUCUAAAGUUCAAAAGCAGCCUUCAUAAAUGCGUUUUUUGCUUCCGUCAAUCAUAAUUACCAUCAUGAUCACAAGCAACGAACCUUGAAACAGAGAAACACACUAAACGGAUCGAAAUUCGCCAAUCACAAAUCACAAACCGUAACCUUUUGAACCCGUCAAAGUAAAAUUCUGUUUCCUAAGAGGUCCGCUGAGAUGAUUGACAGCAGCGAAAAAAGCAAAACGGCAGCUGGCUUUUUCAACUUUAGAAUUCACGUGUUUUUGAAAAGCGCUGUUACGAAGGCAUCAACUCGAGGCUUGGCUGAACAAAAUAUAGUGAUUUGUAUGAAAUUGCUUUCCGUGCCUCGACCUCAUUUUUCAUCUUGGCUCACUGGGAUGGAAUGCGUGAAAUGUCUACAUGUAUUCUUGACGAAAUCAGCUUUGACCCUUUAAGCCCCAAUAUCAACAUACAAAUUCUCCAAACUGGUCUCUAUAGAUUUCCUCAAAGAAUAAGUUGAGAGAAUUUGAUAAUAGAUCAAGGUGUUUUCUCUUUGGUGAUCAUUUAUCAAUUCUCAUAACCUUAUCUCUUGACUAUUUAUGGAUAUUGUUUGGAGAAAAUUGAUGUUGAUCACUAUUGGGACUUGAAGGGUUAAAAUGUUUAAGCUAGGUGCCACUCAGUCCUCGUAUCUUGCAAUGACUCGGUAAUUUACUUCGCAUAAUUAUUGAACGUGCGACCAUGCCUUAAAGAGCAUUAAGUUUGCCAAUCGUUAGGCCAAUGCGGUGGGAAAAGGGUGGAAGAUUCUGCUUAUCUAAUACCGUUCCUUGUUUACUUCUAGUUGAAGAGGCCAGUCCACUUGGCAGUGUAGGCAGUGAUCUGAAUAGCGACAGCAGUAAGUUCAUUCAUUUACAUAUAUGGUAGUAAAUUUAUUCACUUGCAAUGUACGUUAUAUUGCAACUGAACACAAAUGUUGAAAUCUUUGCCAAAUGAUGUGUAAAUGGAUAAGUUAGCUUUAAGUUUAUUUCACUCUCCAGUGAUUGGAAACCUCCAUUAACGGCUCGUUGAUGUUUUUUGGGACUUUGGGUCACAGACCUUAGUUAAGACAUCCACUUGUACUCAAGCAGCCCUAUAGACCGCGAUCAUGUUCUCUAUUUUUUCCCGCAGGGUGGCGCGCGUGACAAUCGAGAGCGAUAGAGUCUCGCGCCGUCUCGCGCCUUCUGUCACACCCGAUGGAAGGAUUAGCUUGUUAAAAGUGGUAACAGCGUGGAUUUGCCUUAGGUGUACCUCUCAGCGAGAAACAGUUGCCCCUGUUUAGCUCCUAGCAUGUGGGCUCCUUGUGAAUAACUUUAUUAACUUGAAACCAUGAACUUAAAGCACGUUUAUGCAGUAACGAUUGUUAACAGUGACUUUGCUUUUCUUUAGGCGUUGUAGCCUCCGAAGUUGUCACGGACCGCCUUGAAGCUAAGUCGGCCGUCAUAAAUGAACUGCAAGUUAACAAGCCAAUCUUAACUCCCAGAGGGGACAUCGCUUAUCAUUUUAAACUGGAGAAAUCCAGCCAUGAACUUCCUUUAGAAGAGGGCGACGUCGUUGGAUUUUUUGGAGAACCGCAUGGAAAGAGUCACAUUGAGAAACUAACACAUUUUAAUGCGUCAAAAGCAAAGAUGGCGGGUGUCAUUAGUAGAUCAGCCUACCUUGAAGCCAAAACGCCAGCUGAGGACGAAGGAAAAGGUAAAAAAACGGUACUUCGUAGAAAACUGUGUCUUGGGGCAAAACUAAGUUUCAAUUUGUUUUAGCAAAUGCGUGCUUGCAGCAAAACCUAGCAGCUCAUUCGAGCGUUCUCUCGCUGCUUGCCUCGAUCGCUAGAAAUGGAAAGCGCGUCCUACACUGAUUUAAAAAGUUUCUGUAUCUUCUGAUUUUCAGAUCUCAGCGACCUUGUCUGUAUAAUUGGAAUGGUGAAUGUCAAAGUUCUUGGCUCGGUCGAAAACGGCGAGCGGUUGUAUUCCUCUCUGGAGCACCCGGGAGUGGCUAUACCCCAAAGCCGCCUUUGUGAUGCUGUGUCUAAAGACGCCUUUCUCCUCGGCCAAACGCUUGAAGGAUCGGACGCUAAUACGAGCAACAUUCAUUUGGUUCAGUCUUUUGUUUCGGCCUUGUUAAGCAUUACUAACGGACACUUGGCGGACGCUUUCGAUGACGUUCGAAAACACGUGAAAGAGGAUGUUAAAACUGAGGUCAAGGCAGUCAAAAAGAAGUGUUUGAGAGGUAACUUAGUGGCAACCGUUACUUUUUUAAAAACAGUUGUAGAAAAAACUCACCUCAUUUGAACGUCGAUGUAUCAAGUACGAAAAAAAUAAUCGAGUACACUGGAGAUGGGACCGCCCUCUCUACGUGGUUGAGCCGUUUUGCUGGCAAAGUCAGUGCCUUCAUUUCCCAGUUAUGUACCUCUGACGUAAACUGUCAUAUAACUGGCUUUAGACACAGACAAUAGUACUUAGAUUUCCCUUUAGUUAGCAGCUUAAUUGCCAAUCGAAUUAGAUCAGUAUGAUCUAAGAUCUCAAGAGUUCGAACUAACGAUGCACACAAAUGAAUCAUAGCAUGCUAACAAGAACCGCAGGAAAGGGCUGUUCUGUAGCUUUCACUUGAACGCCUGAUCUGUUAACAGUUAAGAUAUAGGCAUGACCCUUUCGCUGUUUGAUGGCAUACACUCAGAAUGAUUGUAUACAGCACUUGGCUAAACCAAUAGGAACUCGCGUCUCUUUUUGGUUUAGACAAGUGGUAGUCUUUCUAAUUUGACCUAUUCUUGACGUCUUUAGGUUUUCGUCGCUGGUUGCUUGCAGGCUUCAUCCUAGCCGUUCUAUUAGGAGUUUUGCUGUACCAGUUAUUUGCACCCGGCACCGCCCUUCGUUAUUACAGAUGUCAACUAGGCAGUAUUAAAAACAGUGAAAUGUGGUUUACGUUCACGACAGUUGAUAAGCAGGUACUUUGCUUUUUUUCUUGCACCCCUUGGUUCUCUUUGUCGCUUUUUUGCACAUACAGGUGCGUUAGGGAGAGAUCAAGAUGGUGGGAUAUCGGGCUCCUUCGCUCAUUUUUUGUUUUUAUUUGUAUGGACUGAGGAGUACCGGAUCCAGACCUUGUGGUCAUCCAGAUCCUUAGAUAACGGGGAGCCCGGUCUCCAAAAAAGUCUUUUUUCGGGCCUCAGUUUGGUUGAGGGGUUCCGCCCCCCCCCCCGGCCCGGCCCCCUCUCCUGGAUCCGCCACUGCUGAGUUUAAGCUAAGGUCCAAGAACACGUGAAGUAAGACCGAGGCUAAUACCCAUCCACCUUCACUGAGGUCCCGUUCAUAUGGAGAUAAGUUGUCCCAGGAAAGAGCAUCACUCUCCCAGCCGAGUUAACCUUAGUCUAGCGUACGUAUGAGAAAAAAGUUGACUCCUUUGCCCGAGCCAAAAGGUGACAUCAGCCCUUGUGCAUGUUCUAAUUGUCUCGGAAAAUAGUGACCAGGCUAGGCGAGUCACUCAUCUAGCCGAGCCACUUUUUUGUUGCGCAUAAGGGUUCACAAAAUUUUGUAAGGAAAUGUUAAAAAAGUUAGCUCGCCUGGGGUUACUCGGGUAGGCGAGUAUCCUUCGACCCGGAACAACGUUUCUUCAUAUAAAAGGGGCCUGAACAACUCUGGUAAAUAAAGAAUUAAGAGCGAUUUUCGUAUGACCUUGAAAAAUGGUUUCGGUAAGUGUUCGUUAUUUGUUUAAUAGCCAAUGGACGAAAAGAUCAAAACAUGGCCUGUUCGUUUUCCCGCCAUAGAAAACCCUAAUAUGGAGAAGGCAUUGUUCGAUUAGCCAAUCGUGUUGCAGUAUGACGUCAAAGCGAAGUAUCGAUUGAUUUCUAGAAAGUUCUCGGGCAUGAAGUUUUUUCACCCGAGCGUUCGCUUAACCAACCAAAAGCCACGCGCGUUUGUAUCUGUUCGAUAAACAAAUCAAAUCGCUCUAUUUUCCGGUUCGUUUGUUUAUUCUGUUUUGUUUGCGCGUUUUCAUUUCAAGGUCAUACGAAAAUCACUCUAAACAAUUUAUUACAUGACUGAAAGAAAGUGUUUUCUUGCGGGAACAAGGUGGAUAUUCCCGAGCGCGAAAAUAGUCCCAUCAAAAUCCUACAUUCACCCCUGAUACCUAUUGCAGAUAUGGCCUGUUGUACUUUUUAGUACAUAAAUGUUUUACUUGUCGUAAUUUCUAACCUAAUUUUAUUUGUGUCUUAAACCAGAUUCCUCGAGUUCACGGCGUUGAGUUUACUUUCGAUAAAUUGAGGAGCAAAAUGGACUUGAAGUUUGGCAAAAUAAAUCAAACAGGUAGGGAAAUGAAUCUUGAAUGGUGAACAUCGGGGAGUCUUUUGUUUUGUUUUUGUUUGUUUGUUUGUUUUCAAGUUUUGAUAUAGAGUAUUAAGCGCAUAUCCAUUGACACUGCUGGAAAAUGGGCCUUGAAAUAAGGUGCCUUAAACUUCCUCUUACAAGCUCCCCCCCCAGUUAUAGGCUCAUAUAGGUUCCUUCUGUAGUUAACGAGGCACAGAUUACGUACAACAAAAGAAACAUUACAAACAGACAAUAAAGCCCCCAGGAGAACUCUACUGUUUGCUUUCUUUGUUUCUUUUGUGAUGACAGUACCUGCAGAAAGCCCAGGGCUUGAAAGCGAAAGUUUACAGUAACUUACCAAGUUUAAAGAUGAUACCUUCAACGAGAGCGAAGACAUUGCCUUACAAAGUCUCGAAAUUUUGCAGACGUUUGUAUGGUAGUGGCAAGGCACGAAGUCCCCAUACAAACGUACGUACAAUUCCGCCACAUUGUACAGCUAUAUCUUCGGUAGUUUUCAACAAAUCACUUUCACGUUUGGCAACUUAACUGACUUAUAGCACUUAUAGCGCCGGAUUGUUUGAAAGUGAAGGAGGAAUAUCAUGACUCGGACUCAAAGCGCAGUCAUUUGCGCUGAGAAAGACGAAGAUCAAAAAGAAAUACUCGUAAUAACACCGCUGACUUGUUGAUUUUUACCCAAUUUUUUAUUCUUCAUUUCAGACGCCCGCUAUUACCUUAAUCUCGACCGAUGCGCUUACGGCGGAAUUCGACUUGUAGGAUCGCCGUUGGAUGGCAAAGAAAUGGUCCGUGGAGCCGAAAUAGUGGCAGUAAAUCACAACUGUUCAACUGUUUAUUAUCACGCUGAAUACUGGACACCUUAUGUGAGCGCAAGGGACAUUGUUUGCACGAAGCAUCCCUGAGAAAAGAGUGAGAAAGACCUCUGUUUCUUUGCGCUUACGGGAAACACGCGAUCUCUUUUAUAAGAAGACUCCCCAAGACGACAAUUCAACGUUGAACGUUGGAGACGCCAGGUUAUUUCCACGCGGUGACGUUUUUUAAUGCACACGCAACGUUUUCAGUGUUUUUUUUUCCGCUGACAUUAAGAGACAGUGCACAUCAAAGCAGAAACCAAGAAUGCAUUUUAUAAAACUCAGUGCAUAGCUUUUUACGUUUGGUUGUCGUGGUAAACGUUUGUUUAAGUAACGUUCACGUCAAAUGACUUGGUCAAGAUUUCUUGUAUAUAGAGAAUGAUUCACGAUGUGGUUAAGUUUGUAUUGAUGCGUUGCAAUAACGACGCUGUAUCUUGUCCAAAUAGCUUUGUUUUACCACGAUUUUUUCUUCAGCACCACCCUUUUAGUGAAGUGCGCGAAAAAAAGAUUGUCCACCGUGAUUAAAACAUUUAGUGAUUCCCAAUAAAUUACCGGUUGGGCCCUGUUACAGUUAAUGCUCAUUUCUAAAGAUGUUUGCUACAGCCCUUGACUCCCUUGCGUGAGUCAAUUCUGUACGUAUCAUCUUCGACUGUUUUAUAGGUACCACACAAAUUAAUUUUUUUUGGAUAAUCGUAUAAUAAUUGACAACUGCGCUCAUGCACAUCCAGGUAAAUAGUAGGUUGCUGUAGUUCUCCCGGAAUACAUAAUUAUUUUACCAUUAGCAGGUUAUGAGGAGAAAUUUAUGUGACUUUGGAAGGUAAGGAAAUGAGAUGGUUAUUAAUAUUUAUAGUGAUGUUACAAUGUAUUAUUUUAGAAGAUUAGGAAUUUUUCGUACUUAUUCAAUACGAAACUUACAAUACCCAAUCGAUGAUUAUAUUUCAAAGGGGGUCUAUAUACUAAAAGUUCAUGCCUUUAUAGACAUUCGAGGAGAUCUGCUCCAAAAAGUACUUACUGAUGACUGAUCCAUUUUCACAGACCCUUUUUGUUGUGUAACCCUGAUACCUGAUAUGUCACUUUUGCGCAUGCUCAGAGAACGCCUCGAAGGCUGGUCCUUCGUUUUAAAUUAAAUUUUGUUGUAUUAGUUAUGGAAUUUGUAAUUGCUUUUUUGUUUAAGUUCAAGUGUACAAAAACUUUAAGAUUAUUUAACUGAAUACAUUAUUGCAGUGUAGAAUAAAAGCCGCGCGCUUUUUGAAUGGCUUAUACAAGCGCAGGGACGAUAGAACAUAGGAAAAGGGGACAUUUCCAUGCAGUUAUUACUAUAAAUUAUGGGAAGAAAGCGAGCUGGGAGUAUUUUUUUUCUUUUCAUUUUAUUGAGAAGUUGUUUGUAAUCUAUUAAAAAAUGUUGCAAGUGAUUGUAAUGAAUUAGAAAGAAGGUAAAAUUAUGUAAAAUUUAUUAUGUAAAAAUUUGGUAACUGAAUUCUCAGUCUAGUUUAAAAAGUAUACAACAGAACAUUAUAAAGAAACCGACACCAAGUAUAAACUGUUAUUAAACAGUACUUUGUCAAUUGCCGUGAAAAUACUCAACAAAUGUUCAUAACACUCGACUGUGGUUCGUGAUUUUGAAUAUAUUUUGUGAUAGCUUUGUAACUGAUAUUGACGAAUGUACCAAAAUAAAUUGAUUUAUAUAAAUUGGUGGUGCCCGUGAGUGAUAGUUUUUCUUUCUCGAAAAUCUUUUUUCCAGGGCAUCUCUUCUUCCCUUCAGUGAGACCAUUCAGAGAGAAACUGGGAACCAGGUUAAGAUCUCGACUGAUAAGUAAGAGGAGUUUAAGCUUACGGUAAACGACAAACGGCAGAAAUUAUCUGAACUAACUUUACCCCAGUUUGAGAGCU